AUGGCGGCUUUAGCUCCAGGAAUCCUUCAGAAACUGAUCGACGGUAUGAAAACCGGAGUUAAACCGACCGGAGAACACAGAAGCUCUCUAUUACAAGUCACCGAUAUAGUCCCCGUCGAUCUUGACGAGAAGAAUCUUUUGCCCAAACAAGGCUUCGUCAUAAAAGUCUCUGAUUCUUCUCACUCCAUUUACGUUAGCCUUCCUUCGGAUCAAGACGACGUCGUUCUAAGCAACAAGAUGCAGCUUGGUCAGUUUAUCUACGUCGAUCGGCUCGAACCAGGAACCCCCGUUCCGAUCGUUAAAGGCGCUAGGCCGAUUCCGGGAAGGCAUCCUCUGCUCGGAACUCCCGAGCCAUUGAUGAGCACAAGAAGAAAGACAGAGAAAGAGUCUGGUUCGAGGCCGAGAAGAGGAUCUUGGGGACAAAACUGUGAUAUUUCGUCUCCCUUUGUCUUAAAGCCUGCGCUUUUGGAUUUCGAUCAGUGUACGCCGGCGAAACAUAGGAUUGGUUCGGGGAGAUUCGGGGCGGUUGGGGCGUCUCCGGUGGUGAUGACAAGAGGGAGAUCACCAGGUGGUGGUGUUAGGUGUUCUUAUGGAGGAGGGCUUUUGGGGAAAAUGGUGGAUCUUAAAGGAGAGAGUCCUGCUGCUAUGAUGAGGAAGAGCUGUGUUGUUCCGCCGACUUCCAAGUUUCCGAGAAGCAGAAGUGUUUGCGAUAGAGAGACGAUGAAGAACUCUGUUUCUUCUGUUCUUUUUAGUCCCUUUAAAUCCUCUGCUAAGAAAAGCAAUUCACCGCCUCCGAUUUUACGCACAAGAAGCACAAUCGCAACAGCUGCUUUGGUGGAAGACGAAAGAGAUGCUCCAAACUCUACCUCGAAAAUGGCUUCUCCAAAGCACAAUCAGCUGGACAAACCAGAGAAGAGUUUGAGUCUACCAGGAAGACUCAGCACACUGAGCAAGGAAGCAAUCCAGCGGAGAGAAACGGCUCAGAAGAUAGCUCUUCAGGCAUUAAGAGAGGCUACAGCCACAGAAACAGUCGUUCGUCAUCUCAAGACAUUCGCCAAUCUAAGCAAAUCAGCAAAAGCCGAUUGCCCGGCUGCGUGCUUUGAAAAGUUCUUGGAGUUUCACAGCCAGAUAGCGGAAACCGUGAGCGAAAUCACAUCCAUUGAAGCAGCUGUUUCUUCAUCAGCUACUGAGGAUGGAUCAUCGUCUUUGAUACUUCACGAAAUCCAGCACAACUCUAUCGAUCAAGAGAAAACCGCAUCGAAGAGAAGAACUGCCCCGAAGCAGCAACAAAAUCAUAAGCAGCUGAGAUCAAACGAUGAGAACAAGAACCCAGCAGCUCCUACUUCCGGAUUAGGAAACACGGCGAGGUUGGCGAAAGAGAUAGAGAAAGAAGCCGCAAAUUGGUUCAUGGAGUUUAUAGAAAAGGCUCUGGAGAAAGGGAUGAAGAAAUGUAAAGGCACAGCUGAUGCAGAUGUAACGAAGGUUCCACAGUCUCUGAUUCUCAAACUUGUCAACUGGGUUGAAGCAGAACACUCUGUUGAUAACACGAGACGACCGGUCCAUCCGAAAGCAUCACAUAUCACUAGAAAGCUUAGGAUCAAAAUGAAGAAUCCUUGA